CCCCGCCAAAUCCCACGCGCACGCAUCCCCCUCACCCCUUGCUUACGUCCGAAACAUGUAAACACGCAAGCGGAUAAACAAGGGAGCACCCCGAUCCCCUCAGAUCAUCUUCAGAUCAUCCUCAGCCCUCCUCGCCGACAGGAUCCAGUGUCCGCUCCGACUCGCUCCGACCGACACAGACCGACACAGACCGACAUCCCUUGUUGCCAAGAUGAGGCUGCUCCUCGCCGUCGUCGUCACCUUCGCCGCCGUCAGCCUGUCGUCCUCUCAGGUCCUGAUGGCCUACGAACUGGCCAAGUCCGCCGUGGAAUCCGUCUAUUCCAGCUACGAAGAGGCGCCUUACGAAGUCGUCUCGACGAGAGAGGGCUACGAGAUCCGUCGGUAUCCCGGGAAAAAGUGGGCCUGCACCAACAGGACUGCCGAGGACUACGACACCCGCAUGUUCUUCAGGCUCUUCAGAUACAUCUCCGGCGAGAACCAAGGAAGUGAGAA